AUGGUGUCCCUCUGGGAGCACCAAGCCGGGAGAGUAAAUCCCAGCCUCUCACAGAGCCUGGGCUUGGCUGGGCCGCGCUGCUGCUGCAGGGAGAGCUCAGUGGAGUGUUCCCUGCAGGUAGUGAAGAUGUCCGGCAGCGAUCCCGAGCGGCCCCAGUUCCUUUUUGUGAAGGUGUUGGCGAGCUGGGGGCGGCUGGAGGCGGUGACCCAGCAGAUGGGCUACCACCCGCAGUACCUUGACAGCUUCCUCAAGAUGCAGCACUACCUGAUGCACAUGGAUGGACCACUGCCCUUUGACUGCCGGCACUACAUCGCCAUCAUGGUGACCGCCCGGCACCAGUGCCGGUACCUGGUGAACCUGCACGUGCUCCAGUUUCUGCGCGCGGGGGGAGAUCCCCAGUGGCUGCGUGGCCUCGACUUCAUCCCUCCCAAACUCCGCAACCUCAAUGAGAUCAACAAGAUCCUGGCACACCGACCAUGGCUCAUCACCAAGGAGCACAUUGAGAAGCUGCUGAAGAUCAGCGAGUGGAGCUGGUCGCUGGCAGAGCUGGUGCACGCCGUUGUCCUCCUGGCCCACUGCCACGCACUCACCAGCUUCGUGUUUGGCUGUGGCUGUGAGCAGGACGAGGGGCUGGGGGGCCGGGGCGCGCUGAAGCCCUUGUCCCCUGGGAACCAGUGCUUCUGCGAAGCCACCACCGGCAAUGGCUGCAGCCAGGAGCUGCUGCGCAUCAACCGCAAACGGUCCCUGGACUCCUGCAUGGAGCUGGAUUCCCUCCGGGAACGCAUGCAGCGGAUCCACGUGGAGACAGAGGGCAGGGAGGAGAACAGGCUGCUGCAGCAGGACCGCGAGGAAGAUGCUGAUGGGGCAGUCACCAGUGCUGCCAACCUCGCGUGCUACAUGCAGGACCCUGACUUUGGGUACCAGGACUUCGCCCGGCGUGAUGAGGAUCAGACGCAGGUAUUCAGAGUCCAGGAUUACUCCUGGGAAGACCACGGCUUCUCGCUGGUCAACCGCCUCUACUCUGACAUUGGGCAUCUCCUGGAUGAGAAGUUUCGUAUGCAAAGCAGCACCAUGGCCAAGCGGCAAGGCUGUGAACCCUCUGUCUUCAAGCGAGGCAUCUGGAACUACAUCCACUGCAUGUUUGGCAUUAGGUACGAUGACUACGACUAUGCAGAAGUGAAUCAGCUCCUGGAGCGAGUGCUCAAAGUUUACAUUAAAACUGUAACCUGCUACCCAGAGAAGACAAACUCAGAAAUGUUUGACAGGUUCUGGAAGCAGUUCAAGCACAGUGAGAAGGUGGGACGGUCCUUCCGGGCCCAGAGCGGGCAGAGGCUGCAGGCUGAGGUGCUCGGGGGGGUGCAUGGGAAGCGUUUGAGCCACCAAACCAGGCGG